GGCAAGUUCCCCAUCACACCAAAAACUUUCCUAAUUCCUCUUAUCAUUUGAGAGCCCUAACCAACACCACUCUUGAACGAUCACCUUCUCUUCUAAAGUCCGCCUUCCCUUUCUCUCCAUUCUUAAUGAUCAAUCCCUAGUUUGUGAUUGCCUGGGUAAACCACGGGUCACACACCAGAAAAGCUCACGAACUAGCUGAUGGCGGCCAAAUACAUGGGCAAAUUGGGCGGAAGCCCAGGGCUUCAAGAAGGAGAGGGGUAUUUGACCCAAAUAUUCCAGCAUCUCCUAUCAGUUGUGCCGCUUCUUAGGAGUCCGGUUCGAUCUUCCCAAUCGUCGCCUAGAAAGAAGAAAUGCCAGGAUGUAGAAGACGAGGGCUCGAUUAGUCAAGAGGCUCUUAUUCGUAUACGGAAUCGAUUUUAUUCAAAACUAUGUCUUCAACUAUGAGUCAACCUAUGAGGUGAGCUAAUGGAAAUGUGGUGAGUACCAUUAUUUGUUCUAAUGCAGUCAAAGCUCAAAAUAAGAUCACAGAGAGAUUCGACAUCAUAUAAUUACUAAGGAGAUCAAGUUAAUACUCCAGCUACGUCAUUCUUUUUAUAUAUGUGUCUCUUUUGGAAGAUAUCAUACGUGAAUCUAGAAAGUGUUUGACCUGGGUCGUAAUAGGGGAUGCUGAAGACAAUUAUUCAAAUGAUGACUAUUUUAAAGUUAAGGAUGCAGAGAAACAUGGGUACAUUCGAUUCGUAUGAAGGAUGAUAGUUGUAAAAGACAAUGGUUCAAGUAUUUAGUUUGAUAGUUUUUAUUUUGUGUAAUUACUAGCAAAAUGUUUUGACUUAUUAAGCAUUUUGGAAGCUAUUUUUGCUUUAAAUAUUGAGGAUAUUAUUGUAAGACAAGUUAGAUUUAAUUAAGUAAUGUUUUAUGUUGUUCA